UCUCUCUCUCUCUCUCUCUCUCUCUCUCUCUCUCUCUCUCUCAUCCAAUGGCUAAGGACAUUGAAGUUUCUCAGCAAGGGUCCUUCUCUGCAAAGGAUUACCACGACCCACCACCGGCACCAUUGGUGGAUGUUGAAGAACUGACCAAAUGGUCAUUCUAUAGGGCUAUCAUUGCUGAAUUCAUAGCAACCCUUUUGUUUCUUUAUAUCACUGUUUUAACAGUGAUUGGUUACAAGAGUCAAACAGACCCCAACAUCAACGGUGAUCAAUGUGGUGGUGUAGGUAUCCUUGGUAUUGCUUGGUCUUUUGGUGGCAUGAUCUUCGUCCUUGUUUACUGCACCGCCGGUAUCUCCGGUGGACAUAUUAACCCGGCGGUGACUUUUGGGCUUUUCCUUGCCCGGAAAGUUUCACUAAUCCGUGCUGUGAUGUACAUGAUUGCACAAUGCUUGGGUGCCAUGUGUGGUGUAGGACUAGUGAAAGGCUUCCAAAAGGCUUACUUUGUGAGGUAUGGUGGUGGGGCCAACGAGGUCUCCACUGGGUACAGCAAAGGUGUGGGUUUAGGUGCUGAAAUUAUCGGUACCUUCGUCCUUGUCUACACUGUCUUCUCUGCUACUGAUCCCAAGAGAAGUGCCAGAGACUCCCAUGUCCCGGUAUUGGCACCACUUCCAAUUGGGUUUGCAGUUUUCAUGGUGCACUUGGCCACCAUCCCAGUUACGGGUACAGGUAUUAACCCAGCUAGAAGUCUUGGAGCUGCUGUGAUCUAUAACAAAGACAAGGCUUGGGAUGACCAGUGGAUCUUCUGGGUUGGACCCUUCAUUGGUGCUGCCAUUGCUGCUUUCUACCACCAGUAUAUAUUAAGAGGAUCCGCCAUUAAAGCUUUUGGGUCCUUCAGGAGUAGCUCCAAUGUUGUCUAAAUGUUGUGAUGAGGAGUUUAGAUUGGCUUCUUUCAUUGUCUGAGAUGUUUAGGGAAGAUGAAAGAAAUGAUGUUUCAGAAUAAUAUAUUGGAGAGCACUGGAGUUGCUGGAAUUGUAAAUUAAGUUAUCUUUUGAGGAUUGAGAUGGAAGGGUAUUAUCUCUUUUCUAUCACAUCCCGUCUUCUCAACUCUAAACUUGGUUGUAUCGGUGUAACUCGCAUGUAAGCAUUCCUGUUCACAAUGUAAGCAUCUCCGUCUUCAUUA